ACAUUUGCAAGUCAAUGUUCUCUCAGGCAACCCUUGCAAGAAAAAGUGAUUAAUAAUUCCAUGUGGCUUGUAAUUAAUACAGUAUUCUAUAGUAACAUCCUAUCAAGAAAUGUUUAAUAAUGUUAAUACACUUUAACUCAUUCAAGUCAUAAUCCCCUGUUUCUCUGAAUGGUCAUUGCAAAUACUUCAAACUGGUAUGCCUGCAUGUUUAUAUUUUUGCCUGGAGGAUCAUAAGGGUCCAAUGGAAAUGGACAAGUCUCUGUUCCUGCUUUUUGCAAUUUCAAGUGGCGUUUUUCUCCUCUCAGUGCUGGUUUAUGCUCAAGAUCAAUCAGGUUUUAUCAGCAUAGACUGUGGCAUAGAAGAUGGUUCUAGCUAUGUAGAUGAAAACACAGGCAUCAAUUAUGUUUCAGAUGCACCCUACAUAUCCUCUGGUGUAAGUGAACGAAUUUCAUCUGAAAUCAACACCAAGAACAUAGAUAAGCAGUACUUGACUCUCCGAAGCUUCUCAGAGGGAAAGAAAAGUUGUUACACCCUAAAUGCUACUCAAGGAAAAAAUAAUAAGCACCUGAUCAGAGCUGGAUUUCUGUAUGGGAACUAUGACGAACAGGGCAAUAUCCCCAGAUUUGAUCUGUAUCUUGGACCCAACUGGUGGGAGACAGUGAUUUUAGAAGGAGCAUCAAGUUUCUUCACAGUUGAGAUCAUACAUGUUCCAUCAUCAAAUCAUAUAGACAUUUGUCUUGUGAAUACAGGCUUUGGGACACCUUUCAUAUCAGUGUUGGAGCUAAGACCUUUGUAUAAUGACAUUUAUGUGAUGAGUGCAUCUGGAUCGCUGCAAAAUUUUGGACGGUAUGAUUGUGGUUCGACUAGUGAUCGAGCAAUCAGGUUCCCAAGAGACAUAUAUGAUCGCAUCUGGUCACCUAAUAACUCCCCAUACUGGGAAGUUUUGAGUACUACAUCCACUGUUCAACAUAGUCGCAACAAGUUCCAAAUGCCAUCUAUUGUCAUGGAAACAGCAGUGACGGUAAACGAUAGCUAUGUAGGACUCAUUCUUAGUUGGGUACGUGAUAACCCCAACUCCCAGUUUCAUAUAUAUUUCCAUUUAGCUGAAAUUCAAGAGCUCAAAACUACACAGUACAGAGGACUCGAUAUCUAUGUGAAUGAUGAGUUAUGGUAUGGUCCUUUUAGUCCUACAUACUUGCAGACAACUACAAUAUACAACACAGAAGCCAUGAAUGCAACAGGCUAUGACGUUUUGAUCAAUAAAACAGAAAACUCAACACUUCCGCCCUUGCUCAAUGCUUUCGAGAUCUAUUUUGUAAAAAAAUUCUUACAAUCAGAAACCUAUCGGCAGGAUGUUGAGGCUAUCUUGAAUAUCUAUUCAACAUAUGGACUGAAGAGGUACUGGCAAGGAGACCCAUGCGCACCAAUGAUUUCUGUAUGGGACGGUCUUAAUUGCAGCUACAAUGGUCAUAACCCCCCUAGAAUCAUUUCCUUGAACCUCUCUUCUAGUGGACUGACUGGACCAAUCUCUUCUCACAUAUCCAAUCUCAAGAUGUUACAGUUUUUGGAUUUAUCAAACAAUAGCUUAACAGGGCCGGUGCCUGACUUCCUAUCUCAGCUGCAAUUUCUGAGGAUGCUAGAUUUGUCCCACAACAAACUUUCGGGUUCAGUCCCAAUAGGACUCAUUGAAAGAUCGAAGAAUGAAACACUCGUAUUGAAUGUCCACAAAAAUUCAAGACUUUGUUCCUCGGAUUCAUGCAAGACCAAGAUUACCCUUCCGGUGGUUGCAACCAUUGGUUCAGUUUUCAUCUUUUUGUUCAUUGCAGCAGUUGCCUUUUGGAGCCUUAAGAGGAGAAAGCAAGGGGAAAUAGAUGAACAUAAUGGAGCAUCAAAGUUAAAGGAACAGCAUUUUGCUUACUCUGACAUCCUUAAUAUCAGCAAGAAUUUAGAGAGGGUUCUUGGUAAUGGAAAUUUUGGAACAAUUUACCAUGGAUAUUUAGAUGACAUACAAGUAGCUGUCAAGAUUUUCUUUCCAUCAUAUGUGCAUGGAUAUAGGCAAUUCCAAGCUGAGGCUAAAGUUUUGUCAAGAGUUCAUCAUAGAAACUUGACCACUUGUUUUGGCUACUGCAAUGAGGAUACUAAUAAAGGGCUCAUCUACGAGUAUAUGUCAAAUGGAAACCUACAAGACGCUUUAUCUGAUAGUAAUGCAAAUUUCUUGAGCUGGCAGGAGAGACUUCAAGUAGCCUUGGAUGUAGCAAAAGGAUUGGAAUUUCUGCACAAUGGUUGCAAACCACCAAUCAUACAUGGAAACCUGAAACCGACGAACAUCUUAUUGGAUGAAAAUUUCCAUGCCAAAUUAGUUGAUUUUGGCCUGUCUAAAAUCCUGAUAACUGAAGAUGCCACCACAGAAUACCUUGAUCCUGAGUAUUACAUCAGAAACAAUUUGACAGAGCGACAUGAUGUUUAUAGCUUCGGAGUUGUUCUCUUGGCAACAAUUACUAGGCAACCUAUAAUUGCCAACAAUCCUGAGAAAACUCAUAUCAUCCAAUGGGUUAAAUCUUUGCUUGGCAAAGGGGAUAUUAAUAGAAUUGUUGAUUCAAGGCUGAAAGGAGAUUUUCACAUUAAUUCUGUGUGGAAAGCUGUGGAACUAGCCAUGGCUUGUGUAUCUUCACCUUCGAUCAUUAGACCAACAAUGAUUCAGGUGGUGAAGGAACUAAACCACUGUUUGGCUAUGGAAAUAGCUCGAAUAAACAAGUCAGAAGGGACAAUUGAGUUGGUCUCUGUAAAUCUGACUGCUGGACUGAGUCCCCUGGCAAAAUAGAUGGCUAUCUAACAAGUUCUUUUUGCUAUUAAAACAUCUAUAAAUUUCUUGUUAUACUUGAUUAGUUUUUUCCAAACUUGACAUAACUAAUUUCUUGUUAUUCAUAACUUUCAAUGGUUAAUCAUGUUUUUAUAUUCGUAA